AUGGUGGCAUCUGUGCUUCUCCUGUCAGGAGUCAGAGCAAGUAAAUGGCUGGUGUAUUUCUCCAGGACGGACAUCUGCGCUUGGGCCGGGACCACCGUAACGCUGCCGUGCCGCUAUGAUUACCCUUCGCACUUCAGCUCCACGCGGGUCACAUGGUUUCACAUCUCUACCGAAGGCAGACGGGAAAUCGCCUACCACACUGAUGGGAAUCUAUUGAGCCCCUCGUACAGGGACAGGAUCAAAUACAUGGGGGGCAUUAAAAGAUGCAGUCUGCAGAUCACGAACAUAAAGCUGAGCGAUAUAGGAUCAUACCAUUUCAGAUUCGAGACUGACAACCCUCAGGGCCGAUGGACCUCUCCUGAUGCCAUCACACUGUCCGUCACAGAGCUUCAGGUUCAUAUACAUCCAGCGAGAAUAGGCAACAUGUUUGCUGCUGGUGAGACGGUCUUCCUGAGCUGUGUGGCGCGAGGCUGUGCCGCCCCAGGCAGGAACUUUGCCCUUUAUCGGAAUGGGAUCAAUUUGGGUCAGUCCGAUAAGCUGUCAGCCAUCUAUAACUUUGACAGUCACCAUGCAGGUACCUACACCUGCCGUCCCAUACCCCCUCAAAACGUUCAGUCACCGGGAGUCACCCUGGCUCUUGGAUAUGCUCCUCGCUACACCACCGUACAGAUCACCCCUCGAGAGGCAGUCAGAGAGGGCGAUUCGGUGACUUUGACCUGCAGUAGUGAUGGAGCUCCGCCAGCAGAAAGUUUUGCCUGGUUUAAAGAAGGAGAGAGUGGCAGUGUGCCAGACAGCUUUAGACCUGAGCUGAGAUUGUGGAGUUUAGACUACAGGGACCACGGAGAGUACUUCUGUGUGGCCCGCAACCCACUCGGCACAGACCGGUCCAGACCGAUUUUACUGAAUGUUACCUACUCCCCAAAAAACACAAGAAUCCUCAUCAGUCCUAAAGGAGACAUCAUGGAAGGGUUUUCUGUCAAUCUGACCUGCAGCAGCAAUGCAAACCCUCCCAUAGAGAAAUACGCCUGGUACAAAGUGAACGGCGGUCAGCCCUGGACCAAAGGCAACGCGCAAAAUCUCACCUUCCCCAGCGUGCGUUCCCAUCAUGCCGGACAGUACUACUGUACUGUGUGGAAUGGGUUCAGCAUGGGGACACCGCCCACUAUUUCCCUUUCAGUGUUAUAUGCCCCCAAAAACACCUCUGUGUUGGCACGGCCUUCCACUGUGAUCGAAGCGGGCAGCUCGUUGACGCUGACCUGCAUCAGUCAGGCCAAUCCGGCGGUGGAGAACUACACCUGGCACCGGAUCAAUGCGGCUGACGCCUGGGAAACUCGAUCGGGUCCCAGCUACACCAUUGCUGAGGUCAGCUCCGGAGCCAGCGGCCAGUACUACUGCGAGGCCCGAAACCGCAUCGGAGCACACAGCUCCCCGGUUCUGACGGUCAAAGUUCGAGGACGAUUGAAGGUGAUUGCAUUGGCAUCUGCAGUGGGUGUUUCUGUCGGACUGAUCUCACUGACCGUGGUUGUCAUGAUCAGUAAAAACAUGCAUCGCGUUGACACUGAAAACCUUGAGGAAGAAAAACAGUGUUCACCAAUAGUUGACUUGCCAGUGGACAAUACUCUGUUUCGGGAAUCAACUUCAGAGACGUUUCUCCUCAAGGGCACAAAAAUGUCAGACAUUCCGGAGGAGCCAGAGGAGAUUUAUGAAAGCAGCCACCCUUCCAUCGUGCCCCUGAAAGAAGCUGCUCAGAGAGCUGAGGAACAGGGAAAAAUCAACUUCAUUACGGUGCAUUAUUCUCGCAUGCCCAGUCGGGAAAAGGCAAAGGUCACAAACAUACGUCUAGAUGGAGAGAAGAAGCUCAAAGAUGGUCCUAAUGCUGUUUAUACUGUUCUUGCCAAGCAUCCGAGAGCGGAGAUGGAAGAGUCUGGAGUCUAAAGCAGUUAACUAAUGGAAGAAGUUGUUUUUAAACUACAUGUACUUAUGAAUGGACCACGUGAUGCAGCCUGAAUGUCAGAGACUUGAAAACAGGCCACACAAGUGAAAUCUCCACUGGAUGUUCUGUUCAGUUGUGUCCGGCUGCAGUUUGCUUUAAUAAAAUCCAGCCGGACACAAAACUUAUUUUGAGGUCAGGAAGAUUUUUUUUUAAUGUUUUUACAAGAAGUCUCUUGUGCACAAGAAACAUUUCUUUUUUUUUAUUGAUAUUGAAAACAGUUGUGCUGCUUGAUAAUUUUGUGGAAACUCUCUCUCUUUCAUUCUGUUAGGAUUCUUUGAUAAAUAGAAAGUUCAAAAUCAUUUUUAAAAUAGAAAUGUGAAUGUUUUUACUGUCACUUUUGAUCAAUUUAAUGCAUUCUUGCAGAAAAACAUUUAUUUAAAAAAACUAAUUUUACUGGCCCCAAACAUUUGAAUGGUAGUGUAUCCGCUAUAUGUUUGAGUGUAACACAAUUCAGCUCAUCAUUAAAAAAAAAAGAAAAAAUCCCACUUAAAUAUUCAGUUUAACUGACAUGAUAAUUUCAUGAGAUCUAAAUAAAUAAUAAUUUAUUACAAUGCCAACAAAGUCUGUUUUAAUAUAUUGUCUAACAAUAAUACACAAUUUAAUGCAAUUACUGAAAAUUUUAUCAAGAUAUUAAGUACUGAUCUGUUUCUAUUCAAGAAAAUUGACCCUAACAUUUUAUAUAUAUAUAUAUAUAUAUAUAUAUAUAUAUAUAUAUAUAUAUAUAUAUAUAUAUAUAUUCCCUUCCCAUCCUGGAACUGUAUGAAGGUUCUUCAUAGAUUCAAGGGUGAGUAAAUAGCAAUAGAUUGAUAGUCAUUUUUCUAUGGUGAAAUAUUCCUUCAAUUGCUUCAUUUUUAGGAAGUGAGGUGUUGUAAGCUAAACCGUGCUUUUUUGAUGUGCAGAAGAGGGGAGAACGACAUCGUAAAACAAGACUCUGUCAAGAAAAUGUGUUGUUCAGUUACAAGUUCAAGGGCUGAAAGCAGUGUGGUCACCCUGACAUGCAACACAGCGGCAGUGACAUGCAAAAACCCGGGGAGCUGGAGGUGGUAACUCGUGAUGUGCCCAAGCUGAACAUCAGGGAUGAGUGAGCACAGCUAUAAGACGAUGCCACUGGUUGAACAGACGCUUGCGAGCUAUCUGUCUCACGGCACACCAACAUCUUUAAGGCUCCGGCAUUGCUCUCCAAGCCACUGCAAACUACCUUAGCGCUGGUGGGCAAGGGGUACUCGGCAGCGGGUCAGGCUGGUGCGUGUCAGAGGAUGGAUAUUCCGGAGCUCAGGAGAACCGCUGAUUUGUCUCCGCGCUACCAAGGAGACAGCCCAUGCCAUUGAACGGUCUAUGACAGCUAUAUGGUGACUGCGGAGAGACAUUUUGGCUGACCAUUUCUGAUAUGAGGGACAAAGAUAGGGUCUGUCUCAUGGAUACCCCGCUUGUGUCCUCGGGCCUGUUCAGCGACGCCGUUAAUUCCAUCGUCGACAGGUACCAGGAAGCUCGCAAGCAUACGGCGGUGUUCCAGCAGGUUCCUCCCUCGUCUAUCUCUAGUUCUGCUGAGUAUCAGCUCCUCAUACAGAGAGAAUCAAAACAGAGCGUCGUCUCACGUGCUCCCCCAUAUCGGGACUGUGGGUCUAAGCAGCGCUCUGUGUCGGGGGCCUCCAAGCCAAAGCCGGAUCUCACUCCACCAAAGUCAUUGGCAGAAAACUGAUUUCUCAGCUAGUUCCUAUUAGCCACUCUAAUCUGUGUGUUUUUGGCCUAUUUAUACAAGACUCUGUCCCCACUCCUGUAGGCAAUUUUACAGUGAACCACAAUUUGUCAUUAUUGUAAGUUGAAUGAGUCCUGGUAGGGAUGCACAGAAACAGAUGUAUGAUGUAACAGAAUCCAUGAGCUUGUUUAGAUCAGUGGCAGCAGCAUCAAAAAUGCUCCAAUCAGUGCAGUCAAAGCAGUCUGCUUCAUUAGUCCAUCUUUUUAUAGUCCUUUUUACAGGUUUAGUUGAUUUCAGUUUCUGCCUGUACAUUGAUAAACGAUGAACCAGACAGUGAUCGGAGAGCCUGUGGGACAGAGUGAUAUGCAUCCUCUAUUGUGGUUUAACAGUGGUCUAGUAUAUCUCUGAACUCUGAACAGCUGCAUAAUCUGGCAGAGGUGCAGAAUUCUGCACAACACCGGAUCGAUUUCCACACUUGCAUGUCUUAAAACACUUGAACAGCACCGCUGCUCUGCCAGUUACAAUGUUCAGCAAAGCUUCUGAGUAAUCAAAAACCAGUAGAAGAUUGUUUGUUCAGUAGUUCAUCCUUAGUAAAACGUAUUGUGUAUGAAAAACAAUAGACAGGAAUUUUUUUUCAAAAAACAUUAAAACAACUGGAGAGCUCCUCAUUGAGGCAGCCAUACACAGCCAUGUUGAUUUUAAUAAUUUGUGGUUACCAUC